CAGUGAACAGGAUCUUCAGCAGAUGCUUGCUCCCAUCGCCACCAAUCUUGUCAAUAGCCCGUCGAAUAUCCCUAUUCCCAACGAAAUCCUCAGCACGAUAUUCAACCACGUACCUAGCUCCACCCUCACAGAUAUCGCGUGCGUAUGUCAACGAUUCAAUCUGGUGGCCGAACGCAUCCUUUAUGCGUCUAUUUCUAUACGAGAUGUUCUAUCGAACUCAUCGCCGUAUCCAUGGAGGACUGGAAGGUGUUGCGAGUCAAUUCUUCGACGGCCUGGUCUCCGUGAAGCCAUCCGAAAGCUCCACAUCCGAUGGUCCAAUGACUCCAGAUCUCCCCCUUCCCACCUCGAUCUUGCUCCAACGUCCCAAACGCUCGCUCAAGUACUCGUUACAACCGUCUUUCUUGAGUCCUUAGAGCUGUGGCUGGGCCCAGCGAACUUCCAGAUCCCUCCAGGUGGAAUACACGCUGUGGAACGUGUUGUCCGUGGUUGCUACUUCCCACACCUGCUACAAUGUUCUCUAGGUGCCGAAUCCCACAAAGGCUCACCAACCUAUUCCAGGAUAUUAGAAACCUUCUUAGCUUCCCUACCUUCUUUACGGCACUUGCGCCUCCUGGAUCAUCAUACGGCAUUGAAUAUUCCUCCUGACGCUCUAUCCCAGCUUUCUUCCUUCCGUGGUUCAGCCGACACUUCAGCCUAUCUCCUUCCUGGUAGACCGGUUGAAUACCUGUCCCUGGUCGGCCAGGACUCCGAUGUAAACCGAGACAAUCUCCCGCGGUUCACGCACACAUCAAUUCCCCUUCGGUAUCUAGACUUAUCAACCAUGUCGGUGCGACCGAUUCUUCUCCGUAAUAUUGCGACCUAUCUUCCGACUGUGGAAUUCCUCAGGAUCCGUCUCGCACUGCGUCACACCCUUCACUAUGCGUUGUCGGGAAUUAGGCUUUUAGCCGGACUUGCAUCGGUACUAGGGGCUUUCCCGAACCUUACCCAACUGGACUUGUCUCCGACUUCAGUUGCGGGAGUAUUACAGUCUGAUUACGACCAGGAAAUUGGAUUGUGUCGGGAAUGGAGUCGUGCCUGUCCCUCUCUUCGAAAGGUCACUUUCCCCUCUCACACAGAAUGGGUGCUCGGGUCCGAUGGCGUCUGGGUUCCAGGCGUUUAA